UGGCCGCCGUUGUUCCGACUUACAAAAGCAACAUCCAAAGUCCAAACGAAAUGGAUAAAAACAGAGCAGGCGGAUUGCUCUGCUGCUGAGCUGCAAGCCAAACUUACGUUAAACAUCCCCCCAAACUGAUCUCCAUCGUCUCCCUCACCCAACUUCAACACCAAGAAAUCGGCUCCCACCCGAUCCCCGAUUUUCCCCUUAUAAGCAUUCCAUCGAACACCUUCGCUUCAUUCCUAUUCAAAACCCAAGUCACACAACAUAUCUCUGCUGCACUUCCACCGAGGCCGAAAACCCCAAAUCCUGGUUCUUUUGUAGCUUCAUUCCGCUCUUUGCUCAGUCGAAAAUGAUGAAGCUUUAUAUUCAACUUCUGGUCACCAUUUCUCUGAUUCUUCAAGCUUCGGGGGCUCUGUCUCUUGCGACGGACUUCUCCAUAGCCAACUUGAAAAGGGUGGACCAGUCCGGAAAAGGGGAUUUCACGACGAUUCAGGAAGCCAUCGACUCUGUUCCUUCGGGAAACUCCGAGCUGGUUUUCAUAUGGGUCAAGCCCGGAGUCUACGUCGAGAAAGUCGUCGUUCCGGCCGACAAGCCCUUCAUCACCAUCAGCGGCAACCAGGGUAACACCACCGUCAUCACAUGGAGCGAGCACGGCGACAUAUUCGAGACCGCGACUCUCUCCGUCCUGGCUCCCUUCUUCGUGGCCAGAUUCCUCACCAUUCAGAACACGUUUGGGAGCGGGGGGAAAGCAGUGGCGUUGAGGGUAUCAGGAGACAAAGCUGCAUUCUACGCCUGCAGAAUACUGUCCUACCAGGACACACUUCUAGACGACAGUGGAUCCCAUUACUACAGCAACUGCUACAUCGAAGGAGCCACCGACUUCAUCUGUGGCCAUGCUUCCUCCCUUUUCGAGAAAUGCCACAUCCAUUCGCUUUCGGAGGGCAACGGCUCGAUCACAGCCCAGCACAGGGACGUGGAGUCGGACGAAACGGGGUACACUUUCUUGGGAUGCAAGGUAACUGGGACUGGACCUACCUUGCUGGGGAGGGCAUGGGGAGAUUACUCCAGGGUGGUUUUUGUCUACUCCUACAUGGCUUCUGCUGUCCUUCCAGCUGGAUGGAGUGAUUGGGGAGAUCAGAACAAGCAAAGCACUGUGUUCUAUGGGGAGUACAAGAACUAUGGACCUGGAGCUGACAGAUCCAAUAGGGUGGAAUGGUCCAAGAAGCUGUCAGAUGGAGAGGUUUCGCCUUUCUUGAGCAAGGAGAUGAUUGGUGGGAGAUAUUGGAUUAGGGCUUCCCCAAAGUUCUUCAGAAUUGGGUCCAAAAUUGUCAAAGCUGGCAAUGGUGGGACUCCCAACUUCAUGACCUGAAACUAUUCCUACUGGAAUCUGUGCUGUCAAUGUACAGUUUCAUUUUUCUUUUGUGGGGGAGGUAAAUACAGGUGUAUAUAGUUCAUGUAUUUUAUGCUGCAAUCGUGAUUCAUCCGUUUCAUAUCACUAAAAUCUUGUGUCGAUUUAGCCUCCCGUGUAAAUGUUUUCCUGAGCUGACCGUCGAUACAAUUUUAGAAACAGGGGUAAAGACAUAUUGUUUUUGAAAUGCAUGUACAUUUGUGAGGGAAACAUAGAAUUUUAAUAUUAUCAUAUAAAAAAUAGAAUACUUCACCCUCAAAAAUCCAUUCAAAUGUCACAUAUAGUCAAAUGUC